AUGGUCCGCGGUCAACUACUUUUGCCUAAAUCCGUUUCAAAGGUCGUCGAGAAGCUACGUACUUUGUACGGUCGUCCGGAACUGCUUCUCCAAUGUCAACUGGAAAGAGUUCGAAAGUUAGAGCCACCGAAGGUGGGAAAGCUAGCGAGUUUUGUUCCGUUCGGUAUUGCGGUGGAGCAGCUUUGCGAGCACCUGGAAGCAACCGAAUUGAAGCAGCUUCUCGUGAAUCCGUUACUCAUCCAGGACCUAGUGGACAAACUUCCCGACAACAACAAGCGCGAUUGGGUACGUAUCGGAGGCCUGCGAAGCGAACGUUUCUAUAGAUUCAAGGCACCUAGCAAACCAGUCGCAGAAUUUCGACCAGGAAAAGGAAAUGCGAGAGAGAAAGGUGCAGUUUACAACCAUGGCGAAGGUGCGAAUGGAGCUGAUAAGGAGGAGUGGGAGAAACGAAAACCGUGCAGGGCAUGUGAGCGCACGGAUCAUCGGUUGCGAUACUGCGAAGAUUUCAAGAAGCUGGCGUAUGCUGACCGGAUGAAAAUAGUUGAUAGUUUCAGACUGUGUCAAGUAUGCCUCAACGAACACGGAGCAGCUCCAUGCAAGUUCAAGCUGCGGUGCAACAUCGAGGGAUUCAACUGUAAUCCACUCCUACAUUCGGUGCAGGGUUUAGUUAGUGCGCAUAAUCGGGCUGACAAUGUGACGUUGUUUCGGAUGAUCCCUGUGAACCUUCACUGCGGCGAACGGUCGAUUACAGUUCUGGCGUUCCUGGACGAAGGAGCGUCGGUGACUUUAGUGGAAAAAAGCUUGGUCGAUCGGCUGGGAGCUGUCGGCGUCCCGGAGAAAUUCACAAUGAAAUGGACGGCCGAUAUCGCGCGAGUGGAGGAAGAGUCCCGGCGAUUAAACCUCUGGACAUCGGCGAUAGGAGCGAAUGAAAAACUAUUACUGAAAACAGUCCGUACGGUGAGCAAGUUGAUGCUGCCCCAACAAAAGCUAAACGCAGAAGAACUGUCGCACGAACAUGCCCACAUGCGCGGACUCCCAAUAUCGUCGUACAACGGCCGGCCGGGAAUGCUGAUCGGGCUGAACAAUAUUCACACGUUCGCCCCAAUCGAGACCAAAAUCGGUUCAGUGGCGGAUCCGAUUGCAGUACGAUGCAAACUCGGCUGGACAGUCUAUGGUCCGAGACAAACAAACGCAGUCGAAACAAGCGAAGUUUUCCUAAAUGUCCACCAAGAAGUUACCGACGAAAAUCUUUACGAUCUACUGAAGACUCACUACGCUUUGGAAGAAUCGGUUGUUAGCGUGCCGCGAGAGUCCGCUGAAGACGAGAGGGCACGAGAAAUUUUGGAACAAACCACAAAACGAAUUGGUGACCGUUUCGAGACCGGACUCCGGUGGAACAAGGAUGAUCCACAGUUUCCUGACAGUUAUCCGAUGGCCCUAAAGAGGCUGCUGCAACUAGAAAAGAAGCUAGCGAAACACCCAGUGUUACGCCGAAACGUCUUCCGGCAAAUCGAGGAAUACCAGGAGAAAGGAUACGCACACUUGGCAACGGCGGAAGAACUUUCAGAAACAGUACCCGGUAAAGUGUGGUAUCUACCCUUAAACGUUGUCAGGAAUCCCAAAAAGCCAGAUAAGGUGCGUCUUAUUUGGGAUGCUGCUGCGUCCGUACAAGGAGUGUCCCUCAACUCCAAAUUACUGAAGGGACCCGACAUGCUCGUUCCGUUGAUGUCCGUUGGCUUUCGAGAGCGUAGGAUUGCCUUUGGCGGUGAUGUACGCGAGAUGUACCACCAGUUGAAAAUGAUCGCACGAGAUAAGCGUUUUUUACGAUUCCUUUUCCGUGAAAACCCUCAUAAUCCUCCAAAGGUCUAUGUCAUGGACGUUGCAACUUUCGAAUCGACAAGUUCACCCUGCUCGGCCCAAUUUGUGAAGAAUCGCAACGCGGAAGAGUUCACCGGACAGUACCCAGAAGCAGCGGCAGCAAUUAUCCAACGCCAUUAUGUUGACGAUUACUUCGACAGCGUCGAUACCAUCGAAGAGGCCAUAAAUAGAGCGAAGCAGCUUCGUAAUAAGCUUCUACCAUACCUAAGUGGAAACAAACGGCCUACUAAACGAAAUGUUCUCAGCUGUGUGAUGAGUUUCUUCGAUACACUGGGUAUGCUUUCUCCAUUCACUGUCCACGGGAAGAUAAUCGUUCAACAUUUGUGGCGAAGCUGUUGUGACUGGAAUGAAGAGAUCGGGAACGACUGUUGGGAUUUAUGGAAGCGGUGGACGGGUUCGCUGUCGGAUGUAGAAAACAUUCGUAUUUCUCGGUGUUAUCUCGGAAAUUCUCUCUUCUCCAAGGUUGAAUCAAUCGAGUUGCAUGUCUUCAACGAUGCUAGCAAACAUGCGUACGGAUGUGUCGCCUUCUUGCGUGUCGUUGUUGAAGGACUGGCACGAUGCAGUCUGGUCAUGUCUCGGUCCAAGGUAGCCCCGCUGAAACGCCAAUCAAUCCCUCGGCUAGAACUGAUGGCCGCCGUAUUAGGAGCUCGUCUAAGCCAAACUAGCGACAGUGAAUGGUUCACCGGGCCAUCAUUCUUGUAUCAGUCCGAAAAUCAAUGGCCAAGUUCCGACACGCAGAUCGGAAACACUACUGCAGAAGCAAGAGGUGUAGUUCUGUUCCACGAGGUGGUCACCGCCCUCAAGAAGAAGGGUUUGCCGAUCAUCACGACAAAGGCGACCGAAAAACAACGGCUGCUGAUCAAUGCUCAGUAUACUUCGGUGCUACAACCUCUUAGUCAGGAAGAGCACCAGAAGGCCGAAACCAUUCUGUGGAAGCAAGCGCAAUUCGACGGCUUCCCAGACGAAAUGAGGGUGCUGAAUAAAAACCUGGAACUGAAACCCGGACAGAAACCCGAAAAGAUAAUGAGAUCCAGCAGCAUUUACAAGUUAACACAAGGCAUAGACUACUUGGGCCCCAUCGAAGUGGUCGUCGGUCGGAAGAAGGUAAAAAGGUGGGUCGCAGUCUUCACCUGUCUAGCCAUACGCGCGAUUCACUUCGAGGUCGUCCAUACGCUCACAACCCAGUCCUGUAUGAUGGCCAUCCGGAGGUUCAGUAAGGCGCACGGGGUACCGACGGAGAUCUUUUCUGACAAUGCCACAUGCUUCCGAGGUUCCGCCAACGAGAUGCAUCGAAUCCACAACGAAGGUGCAGAAGCUCUUAACAGUGCAACGACAGCGUGGCAUUUUAAUCCGCCAGCAACGCCGGCCAUGGGCGGAAUAUGGGAGCGGAUGGUACGGUAG